UAAAGUCCACAAUCCACUGCAGCCAGAAAGAAGAGCGCAGAAGCGGCAGAACCAAAGCCCGGGAAAAGAAGCGCAGAACCAACGCCAAGCCCAGCAGGACCACUCCGUCCUCUCGCUGUCUCGCAUCGCCUAUUCUCUGGACGGCGGACGCCGCCUCUCCUCCGCUCCGCUGCUCGCCCUGAGCAGCUACCAGUCUAAGGCUUUGACUGCUGACCUGCUUCUCCAGACUCCCGUUCUUUCGACGAGUCGAGUGUACGGUCGGCCCAGGGUAAAUAUCGGUCCUGGCUACGCCCUUGCCUUACCAGUACGACAGUCCACGCUAGGCCGCUACCCACGGUAUUCGUCUUGACCGUGUGGCGAGGAGUUGUGCGGCGAUAAGGCGCAAGUGAUCGGAAGCUGCUAGACUGAGUAGAUGGAUUUGAGGAGCUGUACGGGAAUCUGUCUAUCGACGAAGAGGAUGAUAAGUGCUUCCUGUUAGUUCAAUUAAACAAGCUAAAGAUCAAAGUUUUAUGUUUUGUCACUGCUGUCCAUUAAUAUUAUUAAAUUAAAUUCAAAAGACAAAAAUAUGAUUUAGUUUAAAAUUUUCCAACAAAGUGACAUUUUUAGUGAUUAGUUCACAGUGACUUAUCAUUCUAAAAUACUCCCUCUGUUCUUUUUAGUUGCAACAUCCCCUUUUUCAUGUUUGACAACGCAUAACUUUAACUGUCAUUAUAUUUAAUUCUCUAUUAGUAAAAACAUUUUAAAAAUCAGAUUAUGAAACAUUAUAAUAAGAUAAAUUCAACAAUAUUUUUCUCAAUUAAUUCACAUACAUUAAUAAAUAAAAUAUAGUCAAAGUAGAGUACAUGAAUAGUGUACAAAUUUCAAUGUUGCAACUAAUACGAUACGGAUGAUAGUAUAUUAUAGUGACUAGUUCACACUGACUAGUCAUAUUUUUGUCCCAAAACAUAACUAGUCGUAUUUUGACAUCCAAAAAAAACUCUAUAUUAUCGUGAAAAAACUACAUGUAUAUUAGUAAUAGAGUUUCUUUGGAUGUCAAAAUAUGACUAGUUAUGUUUUGGGACAAAAAUAUGACUAGUCACGGUGAACUAUUCACUAUAAUAUAUUUUGAAAUGAGAAGUCACUGUGAACUAAUCACUAAAAAUGUCACUUUGUUGGAAAAUUUUAAAUUAAAUCAUAAUUUUGUCUUUUUAAUUUAGUAAUAUCAAUGGAAAAAGUCAACGUCCAAUUUACUAACAUCCGUUCUUCUUUAGGUUAUUACCGUUCCGACUAGUUCACAACAACCAAAUCUAAAACUUUGGUCUUUAGCUCGUUACCGUCCCAAGUCCCAACCAUUCCUACACGAAGCACUUAUCGUCCUCUUCGUCGAUAGACAGAUUCCCGUACAGCUCCUCAAAGCCCUGUAUUCAGUCUAGCAACUUUCGAUCACUUGCGCCUUGUCGCCGCACAACUCCUCGCUGCACGUACAAGAUCGGCGGACAGAAACGAAAGUUAACGUAGCGUUCAUUAAGCAAUCAAUAACAAAAUUUUAAAACUUUGGUAGGUUCUUGCCUAUCUGUGUUCAGAAACUAUAUAGACUACUUCCGGUUGAAGGAGAAAUGUCUGAGCACGUAGAAGAAGAGAAAUCAUUCAAAGAAUUAGGAGUGUGUGACCAACUUGUGGAGGCUUGCCACAAUUUGGGCUGGAAAACUGCUUCUAAGAUUCAAGCUGAGGCUAUUCCUUAUGCUCUGGAAGGGAAAGAUAUAAUUGGGCUUGCACAGACGGGCUCAGGAAAGACGGGAGCUUUUGCAAUUCCAAUACUGCAAGCACUUCUAGAUGCUCCGCAACCAUUCUUUGCAUGCGUGCUCUCUCCGACUAGGGAACUUGCAAUCCAAAUUUCUCAGCAGUUUGAAGCACUUGGAGCUGGAUUUAAUGUCAAGUGUACAGCUCUCGUAGGGGGGCUUGAUCAAGUACAACAGAGCAUUGCCCUUGCAAAACGACCACACAUUCUUGUGGCAACACCUGGUCGUCUUUUAGAUCAUCUGUCAAAUACCAAAGGAUUUUCUCUCCGUGCCUUGAAGUUUUUGGUGUUGGAUGAGGCAGAUAGAUUACUGAAUGAGGAUUUUGAAAAAGCACUUGAUGAUAUUCUGAAUAAUAUUCCCCGUGAGAGGAGGACUUAUUUGUUUUCUGCCACCAUGACCACAAAGGUGGGUAAACUUCAGAGGGCUUGUUUAAGGAAUCCUGUAAAGAUUGAGGCGGCCUCAAAGUAUUCGACAGUUGAUACUUUAAAACAGCAGUAUUGCUUUUUUCCUGCAAAGUUCAAGGAUUGCUAUCUUGUCUAUAUACUGACUGAGAUGUCUGGGAGCACAUCAAUGGUGUUCACACGUACUUGUGACGCGACUCGUCUUUUAGCUUUAAUGCUUCGAAACCUUGGCAUAAGAGCCAUACCAAUUAGUGGCCAAAUGAGCCAGGGAAAAAGACUUGGAGCAUUAAAUGAAUUCAAAUCAGGAAAGUGCAACGUUCUAAUUUGUACGGAUGUUGCGAGUCGAGGACUUGAUAUUCCAUCUGUUGAUAUGGUUAUUAACUAUGAUAUCCCAACAAACUCCAAGGAUUAUAUACACCGAGUUGGAAGAACUGCUAGAGCCGGUCGAUCUGGAGUUGCUAUUUCACUAGUAAACCAAUAUGAGGUGCAGUGGUAUAAGCAGAUAGAGAACCUCAUCGGCAAGAAAUUGCCCCAGUAUCCUGCUCCAGAAGAGGAAGUUUUACUAUUCUUGGAACGUGUAACAGAGGCCAAAAGAAUCUCCCAAAUGAAAAUUAAAGAAACUGGAGGCCAUAGGAAGCGAAGAGGUGGUGAUGAUGAGGAAGAAAAUGAUGGAUAUUUGGGUAUUAAGAGAGGGAAGUCAUCUCAGAAGCCAAAGAGGAAAUGAUAUGAAAACAGGCUUUCAAGUUCGAUCUUCAUAUCUUUAGUUCGUUUUCUCCUGCCCCAAGUCCCUGCGAGGGCCGAAGCUUGCAAAGGGUGAAAGGGGUAUUUUAUUCCAUCAUCUCCGCCAAAAUCCUAAUGUGCAAUUGUAUUUUUAAAUUGAUGUCUAGCCAGCAAAAUUGUCUUAAGAUUUAUUUUAGUUAUAUACUCUUCGUCCUAAACUAUUAGUCAGUUUAGCCAAUUCUUUUGUCACGAUCCCUUUUCCUUGAUAACAUUUAUCCAAUUUUGUUUGCGAAACAAUUAAUUCAUUUCACGUAAACGCACUGAAACUAUUUUGUUUUUCUUUCCUCCAAAACAUUUUGUAAUUAUGUUUAUUUCUUUGCCAAAAGAAGCUAAUUAGUCAGUCGAUAA